UGCAGCGGAGAGCUGAGUUCUGUGAUGACGUCGUGUUGGCACGGUUGAGUGUAGAGUUGGCUCCACGCUAUGACCACCAGUGAUCAGCAUUUAGCGAGCAAACACGAACGAAGGUUGAACGUGAUUUGCUUCUGAAACUCUGUUCACAGUGGCGACAUGGGAGCCGUGGAGAGCAGCCAGCAGAGGAGGGGGCAGUUUGUGGAGGACCCCUGGUGGAACCCACCCCCGCAGACUGUGAGGCAACAAGGUUCCAGUGUAGCAGUGAAGGAGCUACAGGAGAAGCUAGAGGCAGCGGAGGCCGCGCGGAAGAAAGCGGAGGCAGAGCUGUCAUCUUCCAGGGCGGAGUCCGCGAGGCUGGAGGAGGAGGUGCACGACCUGGAGCAGCAGCUGGGCGAGGGUGAGGAGGAGAGGGAGCAGUUGGUGCGCAAGUUGGAGCUCGCGGAGCGCGGCCGGCGGGAAGCGGAGGCGGAGCAGCGCCGGCUGCGGCAGUUGCUGCAGGAGGCCGAGGAGCAGCGCCGCCAGAUGGAGGCGCGUGUUGCCACCCUGGAGAGGCGCCUCACCAUGGCGCAGGACAGUGCACCGGCACCGCGGGCCGCGGCAGGGGCGUUUGUCACCAUGGAGACGAGGGCUGCAGCUGACAGCAGCAUCAGCCGGUCUCCGUCCCGCGAGGAGGAGUCGCGUGCCAGGCAGAACCGGCCGUGGCUGCAGCAGACGUCUGUCACGCAACAGGCCGCUCCGUCGCAGAGGUCGCCCCCUGCCGCUGAGGGAGACAGCAGCUCCAGUGGUGACCAGAGGCAGCAGCAGGAGAAAGGACAGCAGCAGGAGAAGGGACAGCAGCGCGAACAGCAGCAGGGACAGCAGCGCGCGGGCGGUGUCGCGGACGAGCGCCGCACUCUCAGUGCCAGCAAGGCCGCCGAACUGGAACUCUUCAAGCGUGAGGUGAACGUGAAGAGGGAAGCAAGGCACCGUGCCAUGGCGGCUGUCUCUGCCGAGCUGGAGCGCCUGCGGCAUGAACUGCAGCGUGAACGACGCACGAGGCGGCGCUUGGAGGUGCGCCUCGGCCAGCACGGCGAAGAGAUAGACGCAGACGCAGAGGAACGGAGCCAGGGAGAUGAGGACCGUGAGGACGAGGAGCUGCCGGAAGGUGACAGUGACGGAGAGGCCGAGCGGCGCUGCCAGGUGUCACUGGAGGAAGACAUGCAUCUGAAGCUGGAGCAAAUGAAGAAUGAGCUGGAGACAGAACGUGAGCUGAGGAGGGCUCUGGAGGACUCUGUGGAGCAGCUGAGGUGCCAGCUGGAGGCAGAGGAGCGUCGGAGACUGGAGGCAGAGGAACUCCGUGCAGAUCUGGACAGGGAGAGGCAGAGGAGGGCAGAGGUGGAGAGUGAAGUGGAGAAGCUGCGUGCCAAAGCAGCCUCUCCAGUGGACGGAGGAGACCACACGUCCCAGGCGGUGGCGGAGUGCCUGCGGGGCCAGCUGGAUGGCGAGCGCAGCGUGCGGAGGCGGCUGGAGCGGCAGCUGCAAGCAAUGGUGGAGGGCCAGCUGAAACGUGACCGCAAGGAGGCCACUGGAAUCUCCAGGCUGGAGGAGCAGCUGGAGAGAGAGAAGAGUGCACGGCAGGAACUGGAGAGAAAGUUGGCAGCUAUGUCGCAAGAGGUCAGUCAGGACAAGGCAGCUGAAAACUGCAGGUUUGAGGAGCAACUGGAGAAAGAGAGGAGUGCACGGCUGGACCUGGAGAGAAAGUUGGCAGCUGUGUCACAAGAGGAAAGUCAGAGCAAGGCUGCUGAAAAAUCCAGGCUUGAGGAGCAGCUGGAAGCAGAGAAGGAUGCACGACUGGAACUGGAGAGAAAGUUGACAACUUUAUCACAAGAGAAUCAGGACAAGGCAGCUGGAAUCUCCGGGCUCGAAGAGCAGCUAGAGAAAGAGAAGAGUGUACGACUGGAACUGGAGAGGCAAUUAGCAACAAUGUCUCAAAUGGUUAAGCAUGACCAGGUGACUGGCGUCUCCCAGGUGGAAGAGGAGCUGCAGAAAGAGAAGAGUCUGCGCCUAGAACUGGAGAAAAAAUUGGCCACUUUGUCUCAAGAAAUCAGUCAGGACAAGGCAGUUGGAAUCUCCAAGCUCGAAGAGCAGCUGGAGAAAGAGAAGAGCGUACGACACGAGCUAGAAAGGCAGCUGACAGCAGUGUCCCAGGUCGAGGUGCCCAAAAUCUCCAAGCUCGAAGAACAGCUGGAGGAAGAGAAGAGAACACGUCUCGAGCUGGAACGCCAACUGGAGGCGGCUCGUCAGGAGGUGAAGCAGGCGGAGGCAGCAGCCGCGCCCAGGCUGAACGAGAGACUGGAGAAGGAGAGAGCCAAACGUCCAGAGCCGGAGAGACGACAGGCAGCUGAGGGAGCGGAAGACGUCUCCAAGCUGAGGGAACAACUGGAGAAGGAGAGGAGCACACGUCUGGAGCUGGAACGGCAGCUAGUGGCUGUUCGCCAGGAGGCCAGAAGGGAGGAAGCGGCACUGCUCAGGGAUCUGGACCGCUUGCGUGACGAGCUGGACACCGAGAGGGACAGAGGGUGCCGCGCCUCCGCUGAAGCAGAGGCGGAGCGUGGGCGGGCGGAGGCCGGCGAGGAGGAGAGGAGGCGCCUCAAGGACCAGGUGGCAGCCCUCAAGGACGUGGCAGCCGUGGGUCGACAGCUGCUGCAGCUGCGCGAGGAGCAGGUGGAGCGGCUCGAGGCGCGCUUGCGCGCUUCGGAGGCGGUGGCAGCGGCGACAGCGGCUGCCCCCGAGGCCGGGUCUGUGGAGGCGAGGCUGCCCGCCGCCGUGGAGGCGGUCGUGGGCGACCUGCGCGCCGAGUACGGCCGCCAGCUGCGCGCCAUGGCCGCGCUGCGCCAGCUGUACGACGAGCGCGCAGCUGCCGCAGCUGCAGAGGCGGAGGCCCGCGAGGGGCGGCUGCGCGUCGAGGAGCAGGCGCGCAUGGACGCCGACGCCAGGUGCCUCAAGCUGCAGGAGCAGGCGUCCCAGUCCAGCGAGGAAGCGGCGGCCCUGCGGGAGGAGGUGUCUCAGAUCCACGCCGCCUUCGCCCGACUGCUGGAGGCAGCCUCCGCCCCCGCCAUCGACGCUCUGGCGCGUCGCCUCCACCAGAACAGGGACCUGCUGGCCGACAUCGCCGCCGAGGGCGACGGGGCAGCAGCGCUGUCUCGCACGCUGAUGGAGCUUGCAGCACAGGCGGAAGCUGCAGACGCAGCGGUGCCCGAGCCGACAGUGGACGCUGACCCUGCAGACACAGACGUAGACGCCACAGCAGCGCCGGCCACAGUAGCCGCUGGCAACAGUGACGAUGCUCCCACCAGCGUUGCACCCACAAUGGACCGCACGGAGAUCGUCACCAAUCUGCCCAAGGUCUGGAAGGUGCUGAUGGAGCUGCUGAGCCAGCAGCAGGCCGCAGGCGAGGCGGGGGAUUCCCCGGCCGACGCCGACCGCGACCCCGCAGUGGAUGACGUGAAGAGCCACUGCUACAAGAGCGUCGACACGCCGUACGGCCCACGGCUGGUGAUCAGCGUCAGCCAGACCUUCCUGCGCCUCAAAGAACUCAUCCUGGAGAAGAAGAGCCUCCAGCGGGAGCUGUCGCGCCUCCAGCAGCUCAACGGCCACCUGGAGACAGAGCUGGGCCGCCAGCAGCAGCGCCUGUCGCUCGUCUCCUCAGAGCUGCGCAAGACCUGGGGGGUGGUGGGACGGAUGCGGGCACAGCACCGACAACUGCACACUCACGAGACGCUGCUGCGACACGAGCUGCAGCACAAGCGGGAGAUGCUCCGCGAGUUGCGGGAUGAGCUGUCACUGUGCCGCGAGACGUGGCAGCGCGCCAGGCAGAAGAGCUCCCAGUCCGAGGUCGAGUGGCGCGCGCUGCGCUCCGAGUUCGCCGAACGCCGCCGCCAGCGCGAUGCCGGCUCUGCCGAGAGUGGCUGCUUCUCUGACAGCGGUGACGAUGCCAAGGAGACGCCGUCCGGAGGUAGCUGCUCGCCUGUGGCUGAGGAGUGCACACCACUGGAGGUGGAGGUGGGGGUGGAGGAAGAAGACGCAGAGGACCCCAGCAGCGGCCCCACCCACAGCGAGGGGGAUGGUGACGAUGACGACCCCGACAGCUGUGCCACCGUCUCCAUGGUGAAGAAGCUGAAGGAACAGCUGGCGUGGUUCAGCCAUAGCUUGGAGUCGGUAGCCAGGGAUGAUGAGGAGGCCCUGCACUCCAUCUUCUCACUGCCCCCCAUCACCAUCCCAGAGGCGGUGUACCGCAAGCUCGGCUGGGCCGAUCACAGUGGUGGCCGUGGUGACGAAGUUGUGGACUGCCAGGUGGGAGUGGGGGUGGUGUCAGACGAGGGGUCACCCAAAGAACGGGAGGAGCAAGAUAUGCCGAUCUGUGGUGCCGACACAGUGGAAAUGCAGAGAGAGGAGGUGGCAGUUGGCUCUGGGGACGAGUCGGUAGCAUCCGAGGUGACGGCAGGGGUGGAAGUGGACACGGAGGCGGAAGCGGAGGCGCAGCGGCGCAAGAGGCGCGAAGGUGCCUACCGGAGGUUGGCCGCCUGCCUGGAGGCUCCAGCUGCUGUCCUGGAAGAUGACUACCUCCUGACCAGGAAUGAGGCUGCCACGAAGCCUGAGCUGUCGACGCAGAUACCUACUGUAGCACCACUGGACGAGACGGCACUGGAGGCACGUGCGCAGCGGCUGAGCAGGCUGGAGGAGCAGUGCCAGCAGCUGGUGCGUCGCGUCACCAGGACGGCACACCGCAGCGACCGCCUCAGCAGCAGGCUGGAGGAGUUGCACGAGCAAUACGGCUCAUCUUCAUCACCAGAGUCGAGCCCCGCGGUGCCAGGAUCACCAGUCGCGAGACGGCGCAGUCGGCUCCCACCCCCACCGCCCCCACUGCCAGCGGAUUUGCCCCGCAUACCUGCACCACCCCACAUGCCCGCCGAGCUGCCAGUUCGCAGGUUGCCCACCGCCUCCGACACCGACUCCACCCGCGGCCACCACCCACCGCUGCUACCCUCGCAGCCGCCGGCUGCUGGCGACACGAGCGGUGGUGAUGACACGGCUGAGGGCUGAGCCCGUCGGGACUCCCCGAGCUCUCUCUGCUGCUGCCACCGGGACUCCCCUGCCUCCCAGCACUGAGCACCUGCGGUGUCCAGCUCCUACACUUGAGAGUGAGAGAGAGAGAGAGAGAGAGAGAGAGAGAGAGAGAGAGAGAGAGAGAGAUUGAUUCAUUUGCAGCACUGGGAGGACCUGCCCGGUAGGCAACAAGUACCAACAUCACAAUUUCAGAAAUAUUUCCCUCGGUUCGACACUCAACUUAAAGCUCAGUACCAGGGAUUUUUGCAAACGGUGCUUAACCGUGCGACGUUUCUGCGUCUCACCCCCCGAGUGGGGUCAGAAAUAUAAACGCUGGCACAGUUAACUCGUCAGAUUGAAUGACAACUAGUAUGACAACUUGUGCUUAGGUAACUUGGGUGUUAAAAGUCCUGUACACUGUUAUUCUAUUGAAAGGCUCUGUGAUGAUCAUUCACAGUCAAUACAUCUUGUUUCUCUACAACAAGAAUACUCGGGAUGAAAUGCGGAUUUUUUCCCCUUUUUUACCAUCUACAUUUGAGAUUCUACUAUGGAGUACCUGUGACAGAGCACUGGAAACAAAGAUAAAAUCUUAUAGGUUUUUUCUGUCAACCUGUAAUAAAAUUUCUAUUCUCAACAGAUAGGGCCUUCGGCAAGACAUCAGUUAUGGCUCCUACUUCUGAAGCCUUCAUAAAUAUAUUAAAAGGCUUUAUUUGAUAGGUGAUAUGAAUACCAGUUCCAUUCAGAUAACUUCAACUGUGGCUAAAGAAUAAUAACAGCCAAACAUAAAAACCCUGUAAUGAAAAUGACACUGCAGGAAAAAAGAGAGGAAUCUGAGGGGUCUAUAAUUAGAUGUACUUACCAUCAACACUUUUCCAGAUGUCAAGAUAUUGGAAAAUAAUAAUUUUAUAUGCAUAGCUUUAAAUGACCAUGUUCAAACAGAAUGUGUACUGUUACGCUAGAACACAGCACAAAUAUGAUGAGUCGAAUUACUGAAAUGACAUCAAAUGCGCCAAGUGCCCGAGACCAAAUACGUAGCUCAUAUGUCGGGCUCAGAAAUUUAAAAAGAUGUAUACGUUAUGUACAGGCAAAGGAAACACUGAGAACUAUGCAGAGAGAAAACAUUAUAAGACACCAUUGUGCAUACGAGUUUCACAAUACAUGACCGCCUGAGCGAGAUUUUGUAAAUGCAAAUGUGGUAAUGUUCCAUGCAACUAAAUGGCGUAAAGUAGUAAGAUUUAAGUAACUCAAGGAAAGUACAGAAGAUAAUUUUGAGCUAUGACCUACAGUUAGCCACCAGAAGUAAAAUAAUUCUCUGGCUGUUUGUGGUUCUGUCCCAGAUCUUAGCAAGCAAUUGAGCUAUUAUGCUCUCUCACUGCACCUGGAACUCUCACAAACUGAUGGAGAAAUAGUGUGUGGUGGCUGCUUUUAGUUAUGUAGAACUAUCAUCUUUGAAAUAAUGCAUCUGACAAGUUGGUGUUACUCAGGAGUGAGCAAAUUCAUGUUUAUUGAUGCGGAAAUGGCACGACUGCUGAGAGAAGGGGAACGGCUGGAAAACUCUUGUUUCGAAAUGUUGUUGACCCUUGUUUAAAUGUCACUGCACUUAUUGUACUUAUGCUAAGUCACUAGCAUUGAUGUACUUAUUACCAGCAAUAGAGGCUAUAUGCAUUAUCACCCUUGCAGGUAAUAGAAACCAUUGUUUACUAUAUCACGGCCUUCAGUACGUAUAAAAUAUAUACCUGCAGUACAUGCAAGAUACAUACAUGAAGCUUUUGGAGAAGGCCAUCUCCCCUUCACAGUUUGUAUGGUUAGCUCCCAUUCCUGCCACCUAUACAGAUUAUUUAGACACAUUAUAACAAAUGCGACAUUUAUGUAAGAUUGGCGUGUCUUCGACAUAUAUUACUGUGCCGUCAGAGUCUGCUCAUCUUGAAUUGUGGCAUGCACCCUAUGUAAGCUUCCGCUCAGGAGUUGACCCUACACAUAGAUGGCACAGAAACAUAUUUAUUAUAUAUAAUGUAUUAUGAGAGGAAUAUCUUUGUGUAAUCGGAAAGUUUUAUGAAGUAAAGAAAAAAUUGUGCAUGUCUUCCGAUGAUCUGUUUAUACAAUAAAUCUAUCCUUUUAGCUAUCAAAUAAAGAUUGUUCUAUUUUAUAC